AUGGUUCUAGCACCCGUGAAAUCAGCGUAUCCAUCCACUGAUGUUGGCGUCAGAGAAGUUGAUCAGUCUAGCAAACGUGAACAAGUGGACACAACCAAGCCAGAGGUUGAUAAUGGGAGUCCAGAGGUGGUGGUAGAGCCACCAUUCUCAAUAUAUAGCACACCCGAAAAGAAAUGGAUUAGGUCUGUGGCUUCAUUUGGCGCCAUGUUGUCGACGCUCAGCAGCUACAUUUACUUCCCGGCGUUAGUCCCAAUAGCCACCAAGCUACACGUUUCUCUCACACUCAUCAACCUUACCGUCACGUCCUAUAUGAUUGUCGCCGGGAUCGCGCCUGCUUUCAUGGGCGAUAUUCCCGACCAAGGAGGACGCAGGAUUAUGAUGUUUGCCUUGGUAUUCGGAUCUAACAUCGGAUUGGCAUUGCAAAUGAAGGUGGGAAACGGAAGCUCCAUAUUCCGAAUCCUCUGA